AUGGCAGCGUUGGUUCAAACAAUCCCGCAACAGAGUGGCACGGUACCUGUGCUUCAGACGCGUCCUUCAUCCUCAUCAGGCACCUUCUCUUCUCCAACCCAGAAUCCAGGCUCUCGUAUCCAGACUAUGUCUUGGACAUCAUUCAAUGCUGGUAAUUCUGGGAGUUAUCGAGCAGGCCACCAGGUUGUGGCUCCUUAUGCCUACAACCCGAAUAUGGGCCAAUCCACCGUCCAAAAUCGGCAGUCUUGGACACCACAUCUCCGGCCAGAACAUCGCACCUUUUCCGCGCCUACUACCCCUCAAGUGCCGGUGAAUCCGACAUACACCGGUGCCGGCCCCCGAUCCCCCCAUCUUGCAGCUGGUUCUGUAUCGACUUCCUCCAACUCUUCCUCCCGUUCCUAUGUUUCCAAGGACGAUAGCGCACUUCCCUCACGGCAGCCGAGGAGCGACCAGCCGCUCCGUCCCCUGUCUACAGCCAACCUUCCCUCCCCCUCCAUCAUGAACAUCUCCUCCCCGAAACCCUCCCCGAAUCGAUAUCGUCGUACCCCUCAACGAGCGGAAGCCGCGCCAUCAUCCCCUGCUCCCUCUCCAAUUCCGACCGUGAUCGUCGAUGAUUUUGGUGGCCCCCGACAAGCUCGACAAAACGCUCACAAUCGGGUGUCAAGUGUGGAUGAUUCAUCUCAUGUCGAUAGGGCCCAGCCUGAACGAUAUAGACGACGAAGCCUGGGCAAUAUGGAUGCCACAGCGUACCCAAACCUGUCGCUGGAUUUUCCGACUUCAUCUUCCUCGUCGUCUCAACCAGGAUCCUACGACUUCAUCACGUUUGAUACCAAUCAACGGCCUGCUUCCGCUCACUCUCAGCGGGACAGCGUGGGUAGUGUUCAUUCGACACACUCGUCGACCUCCUCGACACGAGAAGGGACGCCAUCGGAGUCUAACUCCGUCACUAGCAAGACCGGCAAGGCAGAAGAUAAACGUACGAGCAAGCCGUCUCCAUUAUCGCAACCAGUAUCGACAGAACCCGAAGCCCCCAAACCCAACCCUCCAGUCGAAACCCAAAAGAAGCAAACACCGCCUACACUGGAUUCCCCCGCCGCGAAGCGUCUCAACGAUUUGAAAAAUGAAACGAAGCGCCCCGGGAAAUCACGCUUGAGACGGGCUUUCUCGUUCGGUAGUGCGUCCGAGCUCCUGAAGACAUCCGCACAAAGCAAUGCUGCCAAGCGGGAAGCAUUUGCUGCGGACCAGGCGCGCCGUGAAGCUCUAAGGGAACAACUGGGCCCGGAACAGGCUGCCAUUGCUGAGCAGCAGGAACUGAGCGGACUAGGUGAAAGCAUCUACUCCCAUCAAGGCCACUUCUUCACCGGGUCCACCGAUAACCUGUCUGUGUCAUCGACCGCUUCAUCGGCGUCGAUGAUGCUUCGCAAGAUGGGCAAGGGCAUGAAGCGUUCUACUCGCUCAUUGGUUGGCAUGUUCCGUCCAAAAUCGGUGGCCAGCAUCAAUUCUAUGGAGGGUGCGGGCCCCGAAGUCCCACCCCCGCAGAUCACUGUGGUGAACGUCGAGGCAGAACGGGAGAGUGUCGCUGUCAAUCCCGACCCCGCAGAUUUACCGCGUGGGGCUACUGUCUUCCCCAAGGUUGAGGGCAAUGCAUCGGAGGUCAGACGAUCCGCUUCCAUUCGGGAAAGAGCCGCAUCGGAGAACUCCCAGUCGCGUAAGAGCAUCGUGGGAGGAGACCGAGAACGGGCGGAGAUCCUGGCGGCCGUCCGGAAGGGUAUCUUGAAGAAAACUCACUCGGACUUCGGGGUCUCUUCGCCUGCACACGCAUUGGCCGGUGGUGACUCACCGCACUCUAGUGCUCCUCCCACACCCGAUGAGUCGUCACGAUCCCCAGCUCACCAAAAUGAUCCGGUGAAGAUUGCCGGCGAGGACUACUUCCUCUCGAACGCAGGGCGGUUCUCGUCCUCUGAAGCGAAGAGUGCACCCAUCACGCCGUCAGCUGUUGGUGGUAGAAAUAUCGUCUUCAGUCCUCGCAUUCAGUUCCACGAAACCUGGCCUAGCGGCGAGUACGAUCGACGUGGAGAGAUUGCGACUUGCAACCGUCUCACCCCCCUGCUUGCUCAGCAGAUUCGGGAGGAGAUCAACAACUUUAAGAUGGAAAUGGAAGUUCAUGAGAAUUCCAAGAUCUACACACACUUCAUCUAA